GUUUUCUUUCACUUUGUCACAAUAAUUAUUUUUAAUUUACGGUACAAGACAAGGUACGUUGUAGGAUCCUGAUCCUAGCUAGCUAGCUACGUACUACCGAUACCAGCUAAAAUACCUUGCUUAUCAAGAGCCUUUUGGGACCAUCCUGCGCCUGCACCUGUGCUGAGAUAGUACUACAGGCCGCUAUGAAUGAAGAGAGGCAAUCACUGAUGGCCAACCAAGCCCCUCCACCUACGGCACCCCCUCCAGCCUACACGUCUGGACCCACCCACAGCCCCCCACAGUAUCCCCCACAGUAUGUCAAUCCACCUCAGGGCCAGGGAGCACCUCAGCAUUACCCUCCACAAGGCUACCCUCAACAGCAGCGUGAAGUGACCGUGGUCACAGCCGUACCAGUUCAGCAACGAGAGGUGUGGUUUUCUCCCGGUGGUGCAAUCUUGCCACAACCUGAUCCAGGCCGUCGUGUCAUUGGCGGAACAGCUCGAUAUCGUUAUGGCAUGCUAGCGUCCACUAGCUACACUUAUGCUGACCAGCUGCCUUGUCUGACGAGUACGAUGCUUGUGUUCAUCGUCCUUUGUUUCUUCAUUGGGUCCCCCCUCUCUCUGAUGUGCUCUUUACCCGCUUACUACUUCAUCAACAAGGCGAAUGAGGAGGCUAAUGUCCAGAAUGACAUAUCAGCUGCCAGGGACUCUUACCGUGGUUACAAAGUUUCAGUUUGGGGCUUAAGCUUCUGGUUUGGAAUUACCUUGGGGUUGACCAUCACACUGGGCGUACUGGGUGGCACAGGGGUCCUCUGAGGCCAUCAUCGAUGCUGGACAAUGGACAAAAUCUAUGUUGUGUUUAACCUUAAUAAUUACUAUGUGUUUUGACUAUGAUUAUAGCUUGCUUACAAAGUAUCAAUAUUAACUUGUAAUUAUGUUCAAGUUCUUAUAAAUUAAUUUUUUAUUCCCUUAA